AUGGUUGCUCCAGCGUACGUCGCCGACUCCUACGUCGACCACACCCUUUCUGCCAAUCUUGACUCCACGUUUGCGUUUGAGGGCCCUGAGAAACUUCUCGAAAUUUGGUUCUGGAAGUCGGAAUCACACCUUCCAAAGCAUUUGUCCAAUGAAGGUUUGAGAUCCAUUCCAUUGGAACAAUGGGUCAAAGUCUUGGACCUUGUCAAUUGCAAGAUUUUGUCCAUGAAGUCUUCCAAGUACAUGGAUGCCUAUCUCUUGAGUGAAAGCUCCUUGUUCGUGUUCCCUCACAAGAUGAUCCUUAAGACUUGUGGAACCACCACCACCUUGGCCUGUAUGGACAAGUUGUUCGAGAUCGUAAGAACCUUCUACUUCAAGGGCGGUGAUUUCGGCUCCGCUGAGAUCUACAAGAUCUUUUACUCAAGAAGAUCUUUUAUGUUUCCUGAUAAGCAGACCUAUAUCCACAAGGAUUGGAAAAAUGAGGUCAAUCUUUUGAACCAACACUUUUCCAAUGGUAAAUCGUACGUCGUGGGUGACUACAACAGUGAUGACCACUGGUACUUGUUCAUUGGAGGCGAGCAGGUCCACAAGGAUGAGAGCUCGAAUGAUCAAACUUUUGAGAUUCUCAUGACCGAAUUAGAUGAGUCCAAGGCCGCAAAAUUCGUUACUUCUAGAAAGCCUGGUGUGGAGUCCUUGAUUCAAAGUGGAGUGGAAGAGUCUGACUUGGGCCAUGACCUUGGCUUGGAAACCAUGGUUGAGACCAAUCUCCACUCCCUCUUCAGCGAACCUGGAAAGUCUACUACUUCCCAUUUGCCUUCUCCCUCGUUGUCUGACAACUUGGAGUUGGAUGACGAUUGUGAAGAGAUCAGCCCUAAGGAGAAGGAAUCGUUCAAUUUUAUCCACGAUGCGUUCUCCUUUACUCCAUGUGGCUACUCCUCCAACUCCAUUUGUUCCAACAAGGGUGGUUACUACUACACCUUGCACAUCACUCCGGAGUCAGGUUGGUCCUAUGCUUCUUUUGAGACAAACUACCCUUUUGGUAAGGAUUCUCCAGUCUCCAUCACCGAUGUUUUGUUGAAGGUUUUAGGGAUUUUUGAGCCCAGAAAGUUCUCCAUGACUUUAAUCAACGAGGACUUUGAUGGCAACAACCCUAACUUCUUGAGAUUACAAAGCUCUUGUAACAUCUUGAAGGACUACUCCUAUGAGAAGCAAGAAAGAGUUGUUUAUGACUUGAAGGGUGAGUAUAAGUUGUUGUACUUGAAUUUUAAAAAAAACUAA